GUGGUCGCCCCGCCCACCGGCCUCUACAUCACCACCCCUCUCGCCGCUUUCAAGCGCGGAGAUUGGCUGUAAGCAAGAAAGAGCCCCGCCCCUAGUCUUAUGACUCGCGCUGAAGCGCCGAUUCCUGGCUUUUGCAAGGCUGUGGUCGGUGGUCACCCGUGCUCUUGACCUAGGUCCAGCGAGCCUUUUCCCUGGUGUUGCAGCUGUUGUUGUACCGCCGCCGUCGCUGCCGCCGUCGCCUGCUCUGCGGGGUCAUGGUGUGCUUCCGCCUCUUCCCGGUUCCGGGCUCAGGGCUAGUUCUGGUCUGCCUCGUCCUGGGAGCUGUGCAGUCUUACGCAUUGGAACUUAAUUUGACAGAUUCAGGAAAAGCCACUUGCCUUUAUGCAAAAUGGCAGAUGAAUUUCACAGUACGCUAUGAAACUACAAAUAAAACUUAUAAAACUGUAACCAUUUCAGACCGUGGCACUGUGACAUAUAAUGGAAGCAUUUGUGGGGAUGAUCAGAAUGGUCCCAAAAUAGCAGUGCAGUUUGGACCUGGCUUUUCCUGGAUUGCGAAUUUUAGCAAGGCGGCAUCUACUUAUUCAAUUGACAGCAUCUCAUUUUCCUACAACACUGGUGAUAACACAACAUUUCCUGAUGCUGAAGAUAAAGGAAUUAUUACUGUUGAUGAACUUUUGGCCAUCAAAAUUCCAUUGAAUGACCUUUUUAGAUGCAAUAGUUUAUCAACUUUGGAAAAGAAUGAUGUUGUCCAGAACUAUUGGGAUGUUCUUGUACAAGCUUUUGUCCAAAAUGGCACAGUGAGCACAAAUGAGUUCCUGUGUGAUAAAGACAAAACUUCAACAGUGGCACCCACCAUACACACCACUGUGCCAUCUCCUACUACAACACCUACUCCAAAGGAAAAACCAGAAGCUGGAACCUAUUCCGUUAAUAAUGGCAAUGAUACUUGUCUGCUGGCUACCAUGGGGCUGCAGCUGAACAUCACUCAGGAUAAGGUUGCUUCAGUUAUUAACAUCAACCCCAAUACAACUCAUUCCACAGGCAGCUGCCGUUCUCACACUGCUCUACUUAGGCUGAAUAGCAGCACCAUUAAGUAUCUUGACUUUGUCUUUGCUGUGAAAAAUGAAAACCGAUUUUAUCUGAAGGAAGUGAACAUCAGCAUGUAUUUGGUUAAUGGCUCCGUUUUCAGCAUUGCAAAUAACAAUCUCAGCUACUGGGAUGCCCCCCUGGGAAGUUCUUAUAUGUGCAACAAAGAGCAGACUGUUUCAGUGUCUGGAGCAUUUCAGAUAAAUACCUUUGAUCUAAGGGUUCAGCCUUUCAAUGUGACACAAGGAAAGUAUUCUACAGCCCAAGAGUGUUCGCUGGAUGAUGACACCAUUCUAAUCCCAAUUAUAGUUGGUGCUGGUCUUUCAGGCUUGAUUAUCGUUAUAGUGAUUGCUUACGUAAUUGGCAGAAGAAAAAGUUAUGCUGGAUAUCAGACUCUGUAACACUAAUCAAUACGUGAUCUCUGUUACAAAAGAAAAAAGCAAGUACAAGUUCCAACAUGCAAUACUGGUCAAUUUAAGGUAUAUUUAGUUGCAGUCCGGCUCUUUAGAAUGGGUGGUGUGGGGGAUUUCAAACUUAAACAAAAAACUAUCAACUACAAAUCAGUUGCCUGACUUUGGUUUCUCCAACCAAGCAAUUUAAAACUUAUUUUUACAACAAAAGAUGUGCAAAAUCACUGAAUUAUAGGUUCUGUUUUACUGUCUUGAAUUAGUAUUUCAGUGUUUUCAUUUUAGACAUUCAGACUAAAAAUACACAGUUUAGAAAAAACAAUUUUUGAAAAAGAGAUUUUUUUUUUUCCCUGCAUGUAGUUGAGUUGGAACAACAUGUUCUACAGUGGAUUUGUACUUGCUCCUUUUGCUCUUUUUUUUGUGAUUUUUGUUUGCAGGUUAACUUAGCUACUUUGGCAUUGCUGCAUAUUUGACCUAUGAGAGAUAUAUUAGUAGAUUUGAACAGGGGCUGGUAUUAUUAUGUUCUUAGCAAUAAAUGCUUUUCUAAUGCUUUUUGAAUAUAUUUGUAUUUAUGUGGCUGCAAUGACAAAAGAUACAAAAGCUUUUUAAAAUUUAGAGUAGGUAUUAAUCUUAUUGUUUAAUCCUUUUUUUAAAAAACUGGAUAUUUCAAUCUUUUAAAUUGCAAGAUGCAAAGACUAUUCCAACAGGGCAUUUCAAUCCAUUUUUUAGGUGCUUUAGAGAUAAUUGCUUGCCAGUGCCAAUUGAGGGCAUUAGUACUUUGUGCUCAUAAAUUGGCCUCUGUAUGCAGUACUUAAAUUAAUGCAGAUUUCUCUUUAGCCUUCCAAUAUUUCUUGUUGGUAGUGAUGUAUUUUAUUAUUUUCUUUUUCUUAAGAAAUGCCAGUGUGUCCUAGAACCUAGAUAACGAAGUGCACUUACACUUAUAAAAUAACUUGCAUCUAGGCUGGGCGUGGCAGCUCAUGCCUGUAAUCCCAGCACUUUGGGAGGCCGAGGCGGGUGGAUCACUUGAGGCCAGGAGUUUGAGACCAGCCUGGCCAACAUGGUGAAACCCCGUCUCUGUUAAAAAUACAAAAAAUUAGCUGGGCGUUGUGGCAGGUGCCUGUAAACCCAGCUACUCGGAAGGCUGAGGCAGGAGAAUCGCUUGAACCCGGGAGGCAGAGGUUGCGGUGAGCUGAGAUCGCACCAUUGCACUCCAGCCUGGGCAACAAAAGCAAAACUCCGUCUCAAAAAAAAAAAAAAAAGUGAAAAAACAACAAAAAAAAAACUUGCAUCUAACCCAAAAGUCUUGGUCUUCUCUUAAUCCAUUAAAAAGUUGUUCUUUGUUUCCAGCUUGCAUUGAUUGCUACAACAGUACUAAUUUGGCUUUCACAUUUAAAUGGUUCUGUGCUAAUCAAAACUUUCAUUGUUAUUAUUCGUUAUGGUAGAAUCAUUAUUAAUUCAUGUGCUUUGUGUUCAGUUUUGUGCUCUGAGAGAUGCACCAAUUGUCAAAUUACCGUGCACCACCUAAUGUUUAUAGGAGAAAGCAAAAUACAUCAGCUUGAUAGUUAACACAUCAAAUAUUUCUUGCUGCUUCUGGGAGAACUUCUUUGGUGUGUGUUGGAAUGGCAGAGCAAAUAUUAAAAUUGUUAAUAUGCAGCCAUAUAUGGAAGGUUCUUUUGGUUUUUUGUUUUUUGUUUUUUUUUGGUGGGGGAAUUAUGUGCCUCCCAUUCACUAGAAAAUGAGAAAAUGUUUGGGUUCCGAAGUAUUGAUAUUGAAUGGAUCAAUACACACACACAGACAUACAUACAUAUAUAUAUAUAUAUAUAUAUAUAUAUAUGCACACAUAUAUAGGCAGUUGCAUGCUAGCAUGUGUAUUUUUAUAACAAUAUAACUGAGUUAUAUUGGAAUUACAAAUAUUUUCUGUCACUUAAAUUUGCCCUUUAUUUAGCCUGAAAACCUUUAUGGCUCAAGAUCAGAUUCCUGACUAACCCCUGUCUUAGAGCUACAGCGAGCUGCAUUACCAGCUUAAAACACUUCUUAAAGAUUAAAUAUAGAUGUGAUUUUUCAAAAUCAUAUUUUAUUUAAACUGUGUUUUAGUGUAAAAUUGUUAACCUUAUAAGAUGGAUAAUGCGUAUAAGAAUGUAGGCCUUAACUAUUUCACAUGAGUCAAAACAAAGCAGCUUUAAAAAAAUAAUUGGAAGCACAAGUGUGUGGCACUGACUGAAUGCUGUUAAUAUUUCUAAAAGUUUCUACAUUCAGAUUAUAUGCCUGAUUCAUAGUAAAAUACCUCUAAUAAAUACUGUUUUAUAGAAAACCUGACUUCAGUGAAUAUUUUUGUAUUUUACACGGGCCAGUUUAUACACUGCUAUUUACACUAUUAUUUCCUAUAGCUACGUGUUCUUUGUACCUUUUGUAGUUUUAUUUGUAUUACUGGAUUCAUACCUUGAUGGUAACCCUCUAUUUGGUUUUGGGUGUUUUUCAUGUUUUAGCAUUUGUGUAAAGAAACUGGUCCAUGUAAAUACUUUCCAUGUUUUCUUCCUCAAAUGUUUAAACCACUAGUUGAUGUAUGGUAUCUUUAGAUAUUUGCCUGUCUGUUUACUCAAAAUUGCUUCUAAAACAAUAAAGAUUCUUUUAUUUCUUAAGGCAA